CGUCAUGUUUUUUGUGUACUGUAUUUAUCGAGAUUACAGAGAAGUUACAAGGCUAUGAUGCACAUAUGAAUCUGGCGGAUGUGUAUAAGUUAACCAUUCCCGACUCCCCCUCCUAGCCUUAUAUACUGGCGGUUAGGUCUCGGGCGUGAUAGUCGGGAAGGUUACAAUCAAAUCAGUUUAUUCUGCUACGAAAAGAUUAUGUUCCUUGGCUUGAGCCGCACUUUGAGAGACUCGACCUGCAUAUACUUGAUGAGCCUUCAAGUGGACCCCCUGCUGGGUUGUAUCGGGUAUAUGAAGGUUGAGAAUUCGAAGGGUCAUUCCCUCGUCAGUUAGCCCCUGAGUCCCUGUUCGAGGCGUAGGCUCGGGUAGGGACUCAAGAGCUUUUAUUCCAGUUAUUCGAUUGCAUAUAUAGAUGUAGAUAAUCUUCUUGCUUUGAAUGUCCAUCGGUCGAUUGACUCGAAUGUUUAUCAGACCUGAAUUUUGGGAAUUCCUGACCUGUGGCUUGGAAACAAUAGGGCAUUUCUGCGAAUUGUACUGAUACAGUGUGGGAUCGUUGCGUAACGCGCCUGGAAUACUCGAUCAGUCGAGUCCAGUUAAUUGCACCGGGGCAAAAUCUUUGUUAACAUACAUCAGCACUCGAGUCCCCAGGCUCGAGCCUGGAUAACUGGCGGUAUUCGAGUCAAACCUGCCAGGGGCUUUACAGACUCAAAAUCCACUACUGUGGGGCAAUCAACCAACGCAUCCGUUGGGAUCUUUUCUUCAUGCAAGCGCAUGGAUAAUCUGGAAUCGCCUGAAGGUGCUGAUUUCCAGGCCCGAUGACAAACCAUCAGGUCUUACCUUCACGUAAUGAACGUGGCUUUGGCUGUGUUUCGCAGUCUGUGCGAUCUGGUUAUUGCUGUCGAGUGCCCAUGAGUAGGGUACACUUCGAGUUCCUGUGCCGUCGGGUGGCAGCUCCGAGUUUUCUAGAGCUUGAUAUGACGUCUUUGCUGACGUUUUGAGUAAAGAAAUGGUCUGGGCAGUCAAUGGGACGUACCUUAUGCUUUAUGCACGGACUGAAUUGAGUACUGUGGAUGUGGUCAGUUUGAUUUGACCAUACGACAUGCGCGAGAUUUUAGGCGCAAUAAUAGAUGUCAUGGGUUCCUGAACCGAUUGGAGGAGAAACGGCUCGUUUCUGUUGGGGCCACGCGUCAUAUGUGGAUGCGAAACGCGUGGCAUCAUUCUGAAUCGUGCGGCGGUGAUUCCGCUCCUUCCUGUUAUCAAUCAUCUUCUUCCUGCCCCAUUUCGCCCCUUGUCUUCUGCAUCCCAUCGCAGCUUCCUUUUGCGCUCCGCUCCUUUGCUCAAUCCUAGCCUCCUCUCCGUUGCUCUCGCUCCCCACUUCAUUCCUCACUGCCAUCGCGCGCUUGCUGCCAUGGGUAGGAAGAAAAUCUCCACUACAGCCGGUGCCAGCGCUGCUGCUGACGGCAACAAGGCAUCUCGCGAUGCUCCCCCCGCCUUGGACAAGAAAUCCAAGAAGAUUACUGAUGCCGCGCCUGGCGGUGACAAGAGGACCGGGGAGUGGAAACGCUCCGCGAUCUUGGCACGCCACUUCUCGGUGAUGUGGAAGCACGGACUGAUUCCAGGAGAAGACUCCGGCAAGGUUCGCAUCUCGGGCAAUGAGGUAACUCCCCGUCCCAGGCCUGGGGAGCGAGUUAUUUUCUAUGAUUUUGUUAUCCGCGGCCUCUCUCUCCCAGUCCACUUCCAUGCGCUGCUGCUGGCGUACGGACUUCAGAUGCAUGAUCUGAUGCCCAAUAGCUAUCUGCACAUUGCGUGUUUCAUCACGCUCUGUGAGUGCUACUUGGGCUUGAAACCCCACUGGGGUCUGUGGAAGAAACUGUUCAUCAUCAAGCGGCAGGGUAAAGGCGACUGGAUCUAUAAGACCGGCGGCGCCAACAUCCAAGUUCGUGGAGAUCAGUACUUCUCCCUUCAUCAGAUCGAGUCGGUGCAACAGUGGAGGAGUCGGUGGUUUUACCUCCAGGACGAGCCAGUCAAGGGCAAGGAUUUCAGCCUGCCCGAGUUCUCCGCUACUGCUCAGGUGAGGAAGUUGAAGUCUUGGAACCACGAGCUGACAGCCGAAGAAGACGCAGAGGCCACUGUUCUACUGAGGCAAGUGGUCGAGCUUUCGCAGACUCCCGAGAAAGAGGUGAGCGGUCUGCAGCUUAUCGCUCUUUUCAUGAAGAGGCGGAUUGAGCCGAUCCAAGCUCGAGUUCACUCCAUGUGGGAGUACUCGGGGCUGUCAGACUCCACUCGAGUCUGUGCGCAGGAGCUGUCGGACGAGGAUCUUCUGACUCGAGUAAGGGUGGUCACUCGAAAAGAGAUCACUUUGGAAGAUCUGGAGUCGCCUCUGCCGCCUUACGAACCCGAUCGAUCCCGCGAAGAGGGCCAUCAAGAGCUUAUGAGCCAGCCCCAUUGGACGAAGGAGUGCCAGUCGAUGACGACGAACUGGUCGACUGCUCCAACUCCGAUGCCCUUUACGAGAACGACGUGGACGAAAAUGAAGAUGACCAUCAAUCACGCAAGCGUUGUCGGUCGAGUGAGGCGGAGCAAUCGAUCGGAGAUUCUUAUCAGCACGAGGUGCCCGAAGAGCCGCUUCCUUCGAGUGCUACAGCCGCAUCCGAUGAGCCGAGGUCCCGGUCGCCGUCUCCGUCGGUUCCCCUGACCAAGAAGGCCAAGGUUGCUGUCAAACCGAAGGCACGUCUUCGCAUCUUUGAUGUUUCAUCGAGUGGCUCCUCCAGUGAUGGUGACGCCGCGGCCAAGAACUCGCGCCCCGUUUCUCCAGCCCGAAGUCCUUCGAAACCGAGUGCGUCUUUGGCUCGGUGCGAGAUUCUCCGCUAGCGAGGAACUCGCCAGCAGGGCUUCCCGAGACAGCACCGGCUCCAACUAUCACGCAGCCGUCGACUUCGGCGUCUCAGCUUCGUAUUGGGUCUUUGGCCCUGGAAAACCAUCCUUUCGUUGAAAAGUUGGUAGAUCUUGGCGACCGCUACCUGAUACUAGAGGAGGAGAACCAGCAGCUACGCCUGGAGCUGGACCAGGCGAAAGAGGCCGCCGCUCACGCCAAUGGUUUGACUUAACAAGCCAACCGACUACGCGACGUGGCGGUUGGCAAUAGUCAAGAAUGGCGGUCGAAAUACGAGCAACUAGUUGUUGAUUCCGCCAAGGAAUUGGCGGCUGCUCAUGCCGAGGUGGACGCAGCUGUCAAGCAGGCCAAACUGGAGGCGCAGGAGAGCUUUGCACUCGAGAGGAAGGAGAUUGCUUCUCGAGAUGACAAGUUGAAGACGCGACUUUCGGCUGCCGUCGACGCACUCAUCGAUUCCCUUGGCUCAUUAUCCUCCCUUCGUGGCAAACACCAAGUCACUGAGUUGAGUGGCAUGGUGGGCUCCGUCGGAGAGUUGUGCGAUCAUGCGGGUGACAUGCUUGCGAAGGUGACUUCCUCUCUGAGGUCAGUAUUCACGAGCAUGUAUCCAAACGCCGAGGCGCCGAGCUCACUCGACGGCUUUCUAAGCUUCUUCGAUGGAGAAGAUCCACUCGAAGAUUUCACCCAGGCACAGACGCAGGCGGGUGCUGAGGCUGCCUUCAUUCUCUCGCUCGCGCAUGGACUCGACCAGGCACUGCUGCAGAAAGUUGCUGACGAUGCCCCAACGACUCCUGACGGGCAAGUCGUCGAGUUGAAGCGUUUCGUCAAGCGGGGGCGCAAGCUGGCAAGAAGUCUACCGCCGUCAUCGAGCACCUGAACGCGGCGACUGUCCGGACCGCGCAGGAGGCUACGGAUGAGGUGGGAGCUCAUCCUUCGUCGUGAUAUUUGUUCUUGCCCUGCUGUAAUAGUUCAUAGUAUUGACUCCGCCAUGACUUCAUUUGAGAUGAGCCCGUACU